AUGCCAAAAGCGACAGUUCUUAUUCAAGGUGCAUCGAGUGGUAUUGGUUUAGAAUUCGUUCGACAAUUGUUACAACGUUCAAAACCCACACAUGUAAUUGCAACAUGUCAGAAAAUGGCCGAUGAUCGACUUUCUCGAUUACAAAGAGAUUAUUUACAACAUUCAAAACAUCGAUUAGAUGUAUUAGAAUUAGAUGUUCGACAUCAAGAUCAAUUCGAUACAUUUGGUCAACAAGUCGAAGAUUGUCUAAAUGAUUUAAAACGUGAACGUGGUCUGGAUAUGUUAAUUAACUGUGCACAUAUAUGGCAUCCAUCUAAUCGAGUAGAAACAUCGUUAAAUGACGUUCUUAGUAUCGAUUUAAAUGAUGUAUAUCAAGUCAAUGUUGUAGGUCCCAUUUUAAUGACAAAAAUUCUAUUAAAUGCAUUAAAACGAGGUCGACCAUCGUUUGGAUCUUCUACUUCCAAUGCUCCAUACUCAUCGUUGAUUGUGAAUAUCUCCGCUGAACUCGCAUCGAUUAGUAAUAAUCGUGUAGGAGGAUGGUAUGCGUAUCGUUUAUCGAAAUGUGCUUUGAAUAUGGCAACGAAAAAUCUUGCGUUAGAAUUCGGCAGACAACCAGUUGAUGAAAAUUCGAUUUGUGGGUUAAAGAAAGAUGAAGAUCCGUUAUUAUUCGUUGCAAUGUCACCUGGAGUUGUGAAUACACAAAUGAUACACGAAUAUAAGAAACUUUUUCCAAAAGACGCACAUUUUCUAACGAAAGCUGAAUCGGUAAAACGAAUGUUACAAGCGAUUGAUAAAUUGUCGUUGAAAGACAAUGGAAAAUUCUUAGAUUUUAAUGGCAAAGAAAUUCCUUAUUAA